AUGUUCACUGGCUUCUCAAUUGCUAAUGAUAAACAUCAGAAACCAUUGCCAGUAAUUAUUGAUAUAGAUGGUGCCGCUGACGAUUUUUUUGCAGUUCUUUACGCUCUUAAAUCUAAAGAACUCGAUGUACGUG